CUGGUAUCUGGAGCAUUGUCCUCCUAACCAGCCAGUCAAAGUUCGCGUAUUGUACCAGAAAUUGCUCAAGUGUUUCGUCCUCAAUGAACUCAAGAGUCGACCUGAGAAGGCAAUGACUAAAAAGAAUCUCUUCUGGCAGUUAAAGGCGACGAAGUUCUCUCAGACAACAAAACUUGACUGAGUGGAAGCUGGUUUGCAGGUGUGCAGACAAGGGUAUAACAUGCUUAAUCUCCUUAUCCACAGAAAGAACUUGAACUACUUGCAUUUCGACUAUAACAUGAACUUGAAGCCAGUGAAGAUGCUUACUACGAAGGAGCGCAAAAAGUCUUGCUUCGGAAACGCCUUCCACUUAUGUCGCGAGAUUCUGUGCCUUACAAAGCUUGUUGUUGAUGCUCAUGUUCAGUUCCACCUUGGCAAUGUCAAUGCUUUCCAGCUUGUAGACGCACUGCAGUAUAUCUUUGCACACAUUGGGGCAUUGACUGGUAUGUAUCGGUACAAGUACAAGCUCAUGAGACAAGUUUGCAUGACAAAAGAUCUCAAGCACUUGAUCUACUACUGCUUUAAUACUGGCCCUGUCGGCAAGGGGCUCCUGGCUGGCGUGUCUGGCUCUUCUUCAUGUGAGGCAUUGUACCAUUACUCGAGUGCUGGCUUGGUAACCUCCUUGCGCCAAUGUGUUGAGUCUCACUAUGACCUCAAGUUAUGUGUGGCUGUCAUGCAUGACAUUCUCGACAUGAUGCCUGAGUCUAUUAAACAAAACAAGUCGAAGACAAUUUUGCAGCAUCUCUCGGAGGCGUGGUGUUGCCGGAAAGCGAACAUUCCAUGGAAAGUCCCUGGAAUGCCCACUGCGAUUGAGAACAUCAUUCUGCAGUACAUCAAGAGCAAAGCUGAUUGGUGGUGCUUGGCACAUUAUAAUCGGGAGCGUAUCCAUCGAGGUGCUACAGUUGAUAAGGCAGUAGUGAAGAAAAAUCUGGGUCGGAUGACAUGCCUGUACUUGAAAGCAGAGCAGGAAAGGCAGCAUGGGUACUUGAAGGAUGGGCCGUACAUCAGUGUGGAGGAGGCCAUUGCAAUUUACACAGCGACUGUUCACUGGCUUGAGAGCCGUAAAUUUGCUCCUAUACCAUUCCCAUAA